GCACCGCCAGUCAGUCGGGGAGUAGAGCCCCGCGCACAGCUGGCGCGGGCUCGGCCUUCGGCGCGCCGCCGCCCGGGGCUGGGCUCGGGGCUGCCGGCGGAGAGGCGACGGGCAGCACAGGCGCGACCACGGCCACGGCCGGCGGCUCGGGUCCCGAGCAGGGGAAGGCGAGCGGCGGCGGGCGCAGCCGCCGGAACCGAGGGAGGAUUUGGGCUCGGCGGGCGCGCCCUCCGCUCCCUCACGCAGCAGCGCCAGACGCCGAGUGGGGCCAGGGGCAGGGACGGAGGACCCGGGACCCUGUCCCCGCGCCCCGGGACCCGCUGGAGUUCGGACUUGUGUAACUGUUGGCACUUUGGGUCCGUGUUCCGCUGUUCACGCCUCUCUCCUCGCUGCCUUGAAAUCUAAGCUCCGUCCUCCCGCCGCCCUCGAGCGCCCACCCACCGCCGCCGGGGAGCGGCCCGGCGCGCACUCGGCACCAUGGGGGGACUUGGGACUUGCCUGGCCACUUUGGCCGGACUUUUGCUAACUGCGUCAGGGGAGACGUUUUCAGGUGGCUGCCUCUUUGAUGAGCCAUAUAGCACAUGUGGAUAUAGUCAAGCUGAAGAUGAUGACUUCAAUUGGGAACAGGUGAACACCUUGACCAAACCAACUUCUGACCCAUGGAUGCCAUCAGGAUCCUUCAUGCUGGUGAACACAUCUGGGAGAUCGGAGGGGCAGAGAGCCCACCUGCUUCUACCUCAGCUUAAAGAGAAUGACACCCACUGCAUCGAUUUUCACUAUUUUGUGUCCAGCAAGAGUAAUUCUGCUCCUGGGUUGCUCAAUGUCUACGUGAAGGUCAAUAAUGGGCCCUUGGGGAAUCCUAUUUGGAAUAUAUCUGGAGAUCCAACACGUACAUGGAACAGAGCAGAACUGGCCAUUAGUACUUUCUGGCCUAACUUUUAUCAGGUGAUUUUUGAGGUGAUCACUUUUGGACAUCAAGGCUACCUCGCUAUUGAUGAAGUGAAGGUGUUAGGACAUCCGUGCACCAGAACACCUCACUUCCUGCGGAUUCAGAAUGUGGAAGUGAACGCCGGCCAGUUUGCCACCUUCCAGUGCAGUGCCAUCGGCAGGACCGUGGCGGGCGACAGGCUCUGGUUGCAGGGCAUUGAUGUACGGGAUGCUCCUCUGAAGGAAAUAAAGGUGACUAGUUCUCGACGAUUCAUAGCUUCAUUUAAUGUUGUGAAUACGACAAAACGAGAUGCUGGAAAGUACCGCUGCAUGAUUCGCACUGAAGGAGGUGUCGGAAUAUCAAACUAUGCAGAAUUGGUAGUUAAAGAACCACCAGUCCCCAUUGCCCCGCCUCAGCUCGCCUCAGUGGGAGCGACCUACCUGUGGAUCCAGCUCAACGCCAACUCCAUCAAUGGGGACGGGCCCAUUAUUGCCCGCGAGGUGGAGUACUGCACAGCCAGCGGGAGCUGGAAUGACCGGCAGCCAGUGGAUUCCACGAGCUAUAAAAUCGGACACCUUGACCCAGACACGGAAUACGAGAUUAGUGUGCUCCUCACCAGGCCAGGGGAGGGCGGCACGGGAUCUCCCGGGCCACCUCUGCGGACAAGAACAAAGUGUGCCGAUCCCAUGCGCGGCCCAAGAAAACUGGAAGUAGUAGAGGUCAAAUCUCGACAAAUCACUAUCCGCUGGGAGCCAUUUGGAUAUAAUGUAACUCGUUGCCACAGUUAUAAUCUCACCGUCCACUACUGUUACCAAGUCGGAGGACAGGAGCAGGUGCGAGAGGAAGUGAGCUGGGAUACAGAAAAUUCACACCCUCAGCACACGAUCACUAACCUGUCACCAUACACCAAUGUUAGUGUGAAGCUCAUCCUCAUGAACCCGGAGGGACGGAAGGAAAGUCAAGAACUCAUAGUACAGACAGAUGAAGAUCUCCCAGGUGCUGUUCCUACUGAAUCCAUCCAAGGAAGUACCUUUGAAGAGAAGAUAUUUCUUCAGUGGAGAGAACCAACUCAAACGUAUGGUGUAAUCACUUUAUAUGAGAUCACCUACAAAGCAGUCAGUUCCUUUGACCCAGAAAUAGAUUUAUCCAAUCAAAGUGGAAGAGUUUCAAAACUAGGAAAUGAAACCCAUUUUCUGUUUUUCGGGCUGUAUCCAGGGACCACGUACUCCUUUACCAUCCGAGCGAGCACAGCUAAGGGUUUUGGGCCUCCAGCAACAAACCAGUUCACCACCAAAAUAUCAGCACCCUCUAUGCCAGCUUAUGAACUUGAAACACCUUUGAAUCAAACUGACAACACAGUGACAGUCAUGCUGAAACCUGCACACAGCAGAGGUGCACCUGUCAGUGUCUAUCAAAUAGUUGUUGAGGAUGAACGUCCUCGAAGAGCUAAGAAGACAACAGAAAUCUUAAAGUGCUACCCAGUGCCGAUUCACUUCCAGAAUGCUUCAUUACUGAAUUCGCAAUACUACUUUGCUGCAGAAUUCCCAGCAGACAGCCUGCAGGCUGCUCAGCCCUUCACUGUUGGUGAUAAUAAGACAUACAAUGGAUACUGGAACACUCCCCUUCUCCCCCAUAAGAGCUACAGAAUUUAUUUCCAAGCUGCUAGUAGAGCCAAUGGGGAAACCAAAAUAGACUGUGUUCGAGUGGCCACAAAAGGAGCUGCUACUCCAAAACCAGUCCCAGAACCUGAGAAACAAACAGACCAUACAGUUAAAAUUGCUGGAGUCAUUGCUGGCAUCUUGCUGUUCGUUAUCAUAUUUCUUGGAGUUGUGUUGGUAAUGAAGAAAAGGAAACUAGCCAGGAAGCGGAAGGAGACUAUGAGUAGCACCCGGCAGGAGAUGACCGUGAUGGUGAACUCCAUGGACAAGAGCUACGCUGAGCAAGGCACCAACUGCGACGAGGCUUUCUCCUUCAUGGACACACACAACCUGAAUGGGAGAUCUGUGUCUUCACCAUCGUCCUUUACAAUGAAAACAAAUACGCUGAGCACAUCGGUGCCUAAUUCUUAUUACCCAGAUGAAACGCACACGAUGGCCAGCGAUACCAGCAGCCUGGCGCAGUCCCAUACAUACAAGAAGCGCGAGCCGGCUGACGUGCCCUACCAGACCGGGCAGCUCCACCCUGCCAUCCGGGUGGCCGACCUCCUUCAGCACAUCACACAGAUGAAAUGUGCCGAGGGCUACGGCUUCAAGGAGGAAUAUGAGAGCUUCUUCGAAGGGCAGUCUGCACCGUGGGACUCCGCUAAGAAAGACGAGAACAGAAUGAAGAACAGAUAUGGGAACAUCAUUGCAUAUGAUCAUUCCCGGGUGAGGCUGCAGACAAUAGAAGGAGACACCAACUCAGACUAUAUCAAUGGAAAUUAUAUUGAUGGUUAUCAUCGGCCCAAUCAUUAUAUUGCUACCCAAGGGCCAAUGCAAGAGACCAUCUAUGACUUCUGGAGGAUGGUGUGGCAUGAAAACACCGCAAGCAUAAUUAUGGUGACCAACCUGGUGGAAGUGGGAAGGGUCAACUCCAUGAGAAAGCAAGCUCUUUUAAGGGAAGAAACAAUCUUACUCCUUGGCCUCUCCAUCCUAGCACGGUGUCUGGCGCUCGGAAAAUGCCGAACGAACAAAGUCAAAUGCUGCAAAUACUGGCCAGAUGACACAGAGAUAUACAAAGACAUUAAAGUUACCCUGAUAGAAACAGAACUACUAGCUGAAUAUGUGAUAAGAACAUUUGCUGUUGAAAAGGGAGGGGCCGGAGGUGAAGCAAACUGCAGUCCAUCCAGAGAAGUGUCACAGAGAGGCGUUCAUGAAAUCCGAGAGAUCAGACAGUUUCACUUCACGGGCUGGCCGGAUCAUGGGGUCCCCUACCAUGCCACGGGCCUGCUGGGAUUUGUCCGGCAGGUCAAAUCAAAGAGCCCGCCCAGUGCGGGCCCGUUGGUGGUGCACUGCAGUGCUGGUGCGGGCAGGACCGGCUGCUUCAUCGUCAUAGACAUCAUGCUGGACAUGGCCGAGAGGGAGGGGGUGGUGGACAUCUACAACUGUGUCCGGGAGCUGCGGUCGCGGAGGGUGAACAUGGUGCAGACAGAGGAGCAGUAUGUGUUUAUCCAUGAUGCAAUCCUGGAAGCCUGUCUUUGUGGAGACACCUCUGUCCCUGCUUCCCAAGUUAGGUCUCUGUAUUACGACAUGAACAAACUGGACCCACAGACAAACUCAAGCCAGAUUAAGGAGGAAUUCCGGACCCUAAACAUGGUGACACCAACGCUGCGCGUGGAAGACUGCAGCAUUGCCCUCUUGCCCCGGAACCAUGAGAAAAACCGGUGCAUGGACAUCCUGCCCCCAGACCGCUGCCUGCCCUUCCUCAUCACCAUUGACGGCGAGAGCAGCAACUACAUCAACGCCGCCCUGAUGGAUAGCUAUAAGCAGCCUUCAGCUUUCAUAGUCACCCAGCACCCUUUGCCAAACACAGUCAAAGACUUUUGGAGGCUGGUCCUGGAUUAUCACUGCACGUCUGUGGUGAUGCUGAAUGACGUGGAUCCUGCCCAGUUGUGUCCACAGUACUGGCCAGAAAACGGAGUACACAGGCAUGGCCCCAUCCAAGUGGAGUUUGUUUCUGCCGAUUUAGAAGAGGACAUUAUCAGCAGGAUAUUCCGUAUUUAUAAUGCAGCCAGACCCCAGGAUGGAUAUCGGAUGGUACAGCAGUUCCAGUUCCUGGGCUGGCCAAUGUACCGGGACACACCGGUGUCCAAGCGCUCCUUCUUGAAGCUCAUCCGCCAAGUGGACAAGUGGCAGGAGGAAUACAACGGUGGCGAAGGCCGCACGGCGGUGCACUGCUUGAACGGGGGAGGCCGCAGUGGGACGUUCUGUGCCAUCAGCAUCGUGUGCGAGAUGCUCCGGCACCAGAGAACCGUGGACGUCUUCCACGCCGUGAAGACGCUGAGGAACAACAAGCCCAACAUGGUGGACCUCCUGGAUCAGUACAAGUUCUGCUAUGAGGUGGCCCUGGAAUACUUGAAUUCUGGCUGAUGGCGUAAACAGCUCCGCAAACAAGUGCUUUCAUACCACAAAGCCAAGAUGUUCCAUGGUAUUUGUGUGGACGAGAUGAAGACUUCUCAAUAUGCUUAUUCUGCUUUGCAUAAUUGGCUCUUUUUAAGAGCCCAAGAAAAUGUUUAUAAAACUGCUUGCACUGCCCAGUUCCCAGUAAUGCUGCUGCCUGACACACACACAGCAUACGGUUGUCAAAUACUGUACUCCUGGUCACCGGCUUGUUAGAGCAGCGUAGACGGCUGGGAAAUUGAAGAGCACAACUAUAUUCUUAUGAAGGAAUUUGUACCUUUGGGGUAUUAUUUUGUGGCCCGUGACCUUUUGUUAUUGUUACAGCUGAGUGUAUGUUUUUGUUCCGUGGAGAAUGCUACUUGGCAUUAUGAUAAUAUAUUAUUUUAGUUAAUAAUUGUACUGUAACACAUUGCAUAAUACAAGCUUAUGUAGCUUUCCAGGACUAACAGAUAAACAUGUAAUGAACAAAGAUAUGUUGUAUAAGUUGUUGUUUCUAUCAGAUUUGUAUUGUUUCCAGAGGAAAAGCUUGGGAAGACUCAGUUCCAAAAUGCAAAACAAUCAGAUUCACAGAUCCAAAGCUUUUCCAUGUGUUUAUAUUGUAAAUAUUUUUGAUUUCAUCAAAUUAUUUAUUCAUUAAAAGAAAUUUUUGUGAAGCA